CCUUGUCUCGGAAUCGCGCUCCCUUUGGCCAUCUUGACGAUGCUGUCCUCCAUUUCGCGCGCCCCGCGCUUUUCGGUCACUACUUGUAUUCUUAUUGCUGCCGGCGUCUCUCUUUUGCUGGUCUUGUUUGCUUAUUUCUCGGAUUCUUUGAAGGCGCCGUUAGAGUAUGCGCACGGCAAGGCUGGAGAGUACUGGGACAAGACUUUCAAACCCUCCACACAGGUGUACAACUGCGAGGACCCUUAUCGCCGACCAGGCUACCUCUAUAUCCCGGCUGAUAUAAACGGCACCGAUCAGUACAAGAAGACACGAUGGAUCCCGUACACUGAUGACCUCCUCGACGCCGAGGACCCUGAUUACGCCGUGUACCCUGCCGCCGGCGAAAUCGUCUUCAACGCCACCGAGGUGGAAUCCGAAUACCUCGACCUAUCAUCCACACCCCGACAAUGGAUGCCCGCCGUCGUUGCCGAGAGCCAGCGCCGACGAAAGGCUGCUCAGUAUAUGAAGACGGCCAGCGUUGAGGACUAUGCUCCCAUGAAGAACGAGGGCGAGUUGGGCUGGCUCUGGGGCCGUCGUAUCCUGCUCUUUAGCGACUCGGUCGAUCGAUUCAUGAUGGAGUUUUUCUGCAAGGAGCUCGGACGAGGCAUGCAGCAGCCGGCGCCGCACACGACGGCCACUUGCACUAUCCCCGAGUUCAACCUUACCUUCGUCCACUGGCAUUUUGCUGGCUCCUUCACAUACCGACCUGACUGGUGGUGGAUGACCGAUAUGAAGGCUAUCGCCUUUGAGGACCGCUGGGAGCAGUACUGGGGACCCAUGAACGAGACGAUCCAGGGCCCCAACGGAUACCCCGACCUUAUCCUCUGGCAGAGCGGUCUCUGGGAUCAGCGAGCGUUCUGGGAGAGCGGCGAGGCCAACCACGAGAAGGAUGUCUACCCCAUGGGAACACGGGUGCGACAACUGGUCUGGCAAGAAGUCCGGUUCACCGCUGCCCGUCUCAGGAAGUUUGUCGGCCGCAUCGCCCUCGAGUUCCCCAAGUCCCCAACCAUGUUCCGAUCCAUGACGAUCCACCGCGUGAGCGAUGCUGGAGACGCCACCAUCUACGACCUCGACCGACUCUCGCGGGCCAUCGCUGAAAAGGCCGGGCACGAGGUCUUUGAAUGGGGCCGUAUCAUCACGUCGCUGUCGAUGCUGUACAAGGACAAGACGCACCCGGGUAGGGGCCCAGCGAGCUGGCUCUGGGCCGACAUGGUGCUUGAGUACCUGGCUCGUGGUGGAGGCGCUGGGGAUGAGCAGAGGAAGCCGUACUUCGACGGGUGGGAUGCUUGCCAUCCGCAGCUUAUGAACUGGGGAGGACGAUGA